CGGGCGCGCGCGCUAAUCAGAGCCCAUUUGUAGCACGUGCGCGAUGACACCUUCGACCUGAGCUCGAGCCUCUUUCUGCCCUCCGCUCGGAGUGAUGAAGCGUAGCGUGUUUGUCCUCGUGUGACUUUUAUGUGCGACUCACGUUGCUGAAAAUGCAGAAGGCCUUGAAGAAGUACUUCAGCAGCAUGGAUGAGUAUCUGGGCACCAUCGGCCUUUACAGGAAAAUGACGGCUCGCGACGCGUCCUGCUUAUUCAGAGCCGUUUCGGAGCAGCUCUACCGCUCGCAGCGCUUCCACCACAAGGUUCGCCAGGACUGCGUGACCUUCAUGAGGGCCAACAGGUGCAACUUCGAGCCCUUUGUUGAAGGCUCCUUUGAGAAGUACCUGGAGCGCUUGGAGGACCCAACGGAGACGGCCGGACAAGUGGAGAUCAAAGCGCUCUCUUUGUUAUACAGGCGGGUCUUCGUCAUUUACAGAUACCCCGGCAAACAGCCCACGGAGAUCGCGGAGGAGCGCUACCCGGAGAAGAUAUUACUGUGUUGUUCCAAUAAUGGGCAUUAUGAUAUUGUCUAUCCUCGGACCUUUCCGGUGGUUGCAGCUCUGUGCCAGGCACUAGUUUAUGAGCUGCUGUACUGCAGAGUGAUGGGGGUUGAGGAGGGGGAGGUGCACAGCGCCCUGGAGAGCUUCCGUUGUGGGGGCCGUCGCUAUCGGAACAGCGCGUCCAUGUGCAGCGAGGAUGCCGGUUACGACACGCCUGACGACAGGAGUCAGAGGGAGGACUGGGAGCCGAACACUCUCAAUCGGUCGGAGGAUAAAACUAAACUCGCGGAAGAACCAAAGGUUCCAGAUGGUCCUGCGAAGCUUUCUUUCCCUUACAAGGUGCUCAAGUCUCUGGACCCCGAGCUGUACCGCAACGUGGAGUUCGAUGUCUGGCAUGAUGGUCGGAAAGAACUGCAGAAAACGGAUUAUAUGGUAUUCGCAGGCAGGCAUUACUACUUGGGGGACAAAUGUCAGGUGCGCCUGGAGCCCAAGGGGAAGUACUACAAUGCCUUCAUACAAGAAGUGGGCACCCAUUCCAGUGCCGUAACCGUCUUCAUCGAAGAGCUUGGCGAGAAACACCUGGUGUCCCUGACCAACCUGAAACCCGUCAACCCCGUUCCUGCCUGGAACGUCUCGUCGGGCCGCAAGGGAGCCUCCUUCAGCCGUUCUGGCCAGUACCAAGCCGAGCUUGACUCGGAGAGAGGGAAGCGUCGCUUCUUCAAGAAAGCCCGCGGAAAAGAGAUGCUGCUGGCGGUGUCUUACAGUCGCUCCCAGCCCGGUCUGCCUCCCCGCCUUCAGCCGAGCCCCGCCGGCGUCGCUUCGGGUCGCUCGGCCGCCGCCCACGGCCACCCGGCUCCCGGCCUGCCCUACGACCACUACCGCUCGCACCCGGCCCCCCGCCCGCCCCGCGGCUACGGAGCCGCCAGGCACCACCUCAUGGGACCGGAUGUUGCAUACUGUUCGAACCCAGGAAAGCGAUGCUACCAGAGUUACGAUAACUACUCCUACAGGUCACGCUCCUGCAGCAGAAGUCGGCGCCAGAUGCAUUCCGUCAACAAGGAAUGUCAGUUCAGCUUCGUUCCCGAGGCCAGCGAAGAUCCUCCAGACAUGGAAGGAACGAUCACCUUCUACGAAAUCCAGGAAGGGGACGAGCCCACCUUCCCCCCGCUGCCGGGCCAAGCUGUCCCCAACCCCAUGGUGCCAGCACCUACCACCUUCUGGGUCCAGAGGGGACACAGUCCCAUUCCAGCUGCAGGCAAGCAGGCCAUGACCUCCUCUGAGGAGGACCCUGAUGAGAGGAGCAACAGUGGUGAAUAUUCAGAGGAGUACAUCUACACACCAGCUGAGCCCAGUUAUCAGAGCCCCUCUGUGUACACGGCUGCAGAGUCUACUGCCAACCUGACUAUUCAGGAAGGAGCUUCUCGCUCUGGAUCUCCACCAGAGGGAGUUGCCACCUACAGCUACUCGCAGCAGGUGGUGGUGAAGUCGGCCGUCAUCUCCUCCUCUCCUGUAGUGAACGCUGCCCCUGCGGCCAUCUUCACCUCCAACUCGUCGUCCUCUUCCUCCUCGGGCAGCUCCCAGAACCCCCCGGCAUCGCUGCCCCCUUCGAGCCUGGCCCAGCCCGCUCUCCAACCCCCUCACUCUAUGGGAAAGCCAGCCUUCUCUGUGCCGUACCCUCCCACCCCUCCCUGGUUUAUAAAUGAGAUGGGGGAGACGGUGAGCAUGGCCCCCCCGCCACCCUACUCCUAUGACCCGAAUGGUAACGACCUGCCACAAGACUGCAAAGUGCUCCAGUAUUACUUCAAUUUGGGAGUUCAAUGGUACCAGCAGACCUACUGGCAGCCGAUGGCUCAGGUGCAGCAGGUUUACCAGCAUCCCGGAGCGGAGCAGUCGUUCCAGCAGUACCCCGGUAGCUCCCCGGCCGCCGACCCCUCCGUGCCGCAGCCGUACCCGGAAACGGGAAGAGCGGCGCCCGACGGCCCCGUGGACGUCGUCGCUAAUGGCACCCCCUUGCCCUUGGACACGCCCCCAUCUGCAGCUGCCCCCGCCACGGUGUUCUACCCCCUGGUGCAGGAGCAGUGCGGUCAACCCCCUCUCCACACCUACGAGCCUUACGUCCCGGUGCUGCCCGCCACCUACCACUACCUCACGCCCUGGACCCCGAGCCCUGCACAGCCCCGCCUGCACGCCUCCUUCUGCCCCACCUCCUCCCAUCCGAUCGGCUACGUCACCGCGCCCGCCCACCACGGGCACUUUGUUCCCCCCAGCGUGUAAAGGACCCGCUGCUCCCGCACCGCUAUCUCGUGCCUUAAGGAGUUUUUGUUUCUCACAGGUUUUUUUCCCCCCCUCCCAUUCACAGCGUUUGUCACCGCUUGUCGUGGGUCUGUCCAUCUGGGCCGUGAGAAGUGGCAGCAGUUUUAGCCCUGCGCUGCCCUCGGCCAAACUGCAGACCUGUUCGUUUUCCUUUCGUUGCACCUUUUCGGGGU